AUGGUUUCCGGCUUUCCUGAGCAGGGUUGCGAGGACUCUUACUCACUUCCGCCCAGAUCCAGAGCAGGAAGCCGCGUAUCAGCUACUGCUGCUCAGUUCGCCAACAUCCAACUAGUCGAUUCCCCCAGAACGCUACCGUUAGAGUCCAGCCCCUCGGUCAGGUCUGAGGCUCUCCACUCCUCUGGCUAUAUCAGUCCCAACCCGCCCGGCUCGGCCACCUUCCUCCCCUCCCCCAACCCACAAGGAUACUCGCCCUUCCCUCUGCUACCACCCGACAUCUUGAAUGCAGAGUGGAACGAGCACGAGGUGCAUCAGACUUCGGGUUCAGCCCCUCUCGUCAGAGUAGACCCUGCCCAAGACUACUCCUCCAAUCAGUCCUCUCCGCCACUUCUAGCCGAAGCAAGCAUGAGCGCUAUUGCUAUGCAAUUCGACCCUUCGUUCACUAUGGGAAGCCGAUCAUCCUUCACCUGGCCUGGCCUCGAUAACAGCGAAUCCAGCGGGGCGCUACUAGGCCACAACCUCUCAUCGCUUGGGCACGUACCAGACACCAGCCUCACGCCUCCCAGCGGAUCCAGAUCAGUAACAUCGAGCCCGCCGCGGGGGACUCUGACGCUGGAGCAGCGAGAACUGAAGAAGCAGAGGGACAUGGCACGCCGGGACUCGAAAACAUCACAGCGCGUCAGGAGGGCGGGAAGCAACCCCUACGUCCACUCGCCACCACUCAGCCUGCCAGACAUAUCGUCAACGAUGGGCGUCCCCAUCUACACGACAGCACCGGCGCCGAUCUCUUUGCUCUCAGAGCCAACAACAACAAUGGGUUCAUCAUCGUACCUGCCGUCCUACAGCCCGCCUUUAUCAGACCACGGCUAUCAAAGCGGGUACCCCCCCAUGGCCUCGGCCUACGGCAUGGGUGGUGGCAUGGACUACUCGCAACAGUUCCAACAACCAACACAUUACGGAAGCCGACCGCAGAUGCCUGUUGGACAAGACCCAGGCAUGAUGUACGGCGUGCCACCUUCGAUGAGCGGCGGCCCCGGAACCCCAGACCAGGGGCACGUCAGAGUGGUGCAGAGUCGUCCCAAACCGCAGUGUUGGGAGCACGGCUGCAACGGGCGCCAAUUUUCGACCUUCAGCAACCUGCUGAGGCACCAGAGGGAGAAGUCUGGCCAAGCCACCAAGGCGACGUGUCCUAACUGCGGAGCCGAGUUUACGAGGACGACGGCGAGGAACGGCCACCUCCUCCACGACAAAUGCAAGCAGCAGCAGCAGCAGCAGCAGCAGCAGCGCCGGAACACGUAG